AUGUUUAAUAUUAUUAUUCCCACUUACAAUGAAAAGGAUAACAUUAGUACACUUAUAAAAAUGGUAGAAUGUACUUUCAUCAUCAACAAUGAUUACAAAAUAAUUAUUGUUGAUGAUGGAAGUACUGAUGGCACUAGGGAAGUAGUAUCAUCUUUUAAAAAUGUAGUACUAUUAUGUAGACCUUGUAAAAUGGGACUGGGUUCUGCAUACAAAUUUGCACUACCGUCUUGUACAUAUCCUUACACUUUUAUAUUAGAUGCUGAUUUAUCACACGAUCCUUUAUUUAUGCAUGAGAUGAUUAAAAUACAGAAAAAAACUGGAAGUGACAUUGUGUCAUCUACAAGGUACAAAAAUGGAGGUGUUUAUGGAUGGUCAUUUUGCAGAAAAUUAGUAAGUAGAGGAGCAAAUAAUUUUGCUAAAAUACUUCUAAAUUUAAGUACAUCUGAUCUUACAGGUAGUUACAGAUUGUAUAAAACUACUGUUUUAAAAAGCCUUAUAAAUCAAGCAUCUUCAGUAGGAUAUUCAAUUCAAAUGGAAUUAAUAUAUUAUGCGGAAAAAAAUAAUUAUAAAAUUACAGAGUGUCCUAUUAUUUUUUAUGAAAGAGAGGCAGGUGAGUCAAAAUUAAGUAAGAAAGAGAUUAUAAAUUUUGUAAAAUCAGUGAUUAAUCUCUAUUUUCAUAAAUAA